AUAGAGACUUUCAAGACCGUGGAGAGCCGCUUGUGCAGCGCUGCUGCCCCAGCGGUCGAGCGUCCCGCCCGGCGUGCCAAGCCAGCCGGCGGCGACGAGUCGGACGGCGACGUCUCGGAGAGGGCGAGCCCUACGAGGAGACAGAGGCCGCAGCCUGGCCGGGCAAGCCGGGGUGGUGGUUUCGAGUCAACGCGCAGCUCGGCGAGGAGACGCGCGCGACUCUCCUCCUGAGCUGCGCGCUGCGCCGCGUGGCCGCGGGGGGCCUCGUGCAGCAGGCCGGGCGCGCCCGGGCUCUCCUGAACGGCCGCGCCAGGGGCUGCGUGCGGCUGCCGGUGAAGCCGUGCGGCUGGGUGACCGCGGACGCCUCCAAGGCGGGCGGGCCCAAGUACCUGGUGCGGGCCGGCGCCCCCCGAUGGCGAGCGGUGCACGCCUCCGACGUCAUAGUCCGCGCCGGGGAGGCGCUCAACAGCAGCGAGGUGGCGGUUCUGCACCGCGGCGACGUCGUCGAGCAGGCUGGCCCAGAGGUGACGCUUGCGGGCGAGAUCGUGCGGGUACCCGUGACAACGGCUGUCAUCUACAGGAUUGCGAGAUUCCAGAAAGCGGCGAGUGGCCCGAAGUCAACGGCUACCCGCGGUCGUCGACCAAGACCUUGGGAUGGGUCACGCUGGACGCAUCUGGCGCCGGCGGGCCCGUGUUCUUCGAGGAUCCGGGGCGAGGACUCCGCCUCCUCGUGGCCGUCUUUUCUCGCGAGGGGGCUUACGACAACGCGGCCAGCAGAAGGCGCCGGCAGAAAGCGCCGCAUGGCGCGGCCUGAGCGGCGGCUGGUUUUCUUGCUCCACCGCGCUGCCCAAGCGUGGAGCGCCGGCUUGGGAUGA